AUGGGCAGCAUGGCCGAAGACCAAAGAACAUCAACCUACCUCGUCGGCAUCGGGGUAACACACUCCAUCGCUCCACCCAUGCACGACUACGUCGCCCAACAACUACACUACAACUGGAAAUUCCACGCGCAAGAAUGCCCUACAGUCGAGGACGCUGUACGACUGUUCCGCGAGCCAACCUUCGCCGGCGGCGUAGUGACUAUGCCCUACAAAGUCUCCAUCAUGCAACACCUCGAUGGACUGGACCACCAUGCCAAGCUGUUGAAGGCAUGCAACAACGUCUAUCGCGCCAAGGACGGGACGCUGAGAGGUACGAACACAGACUGGAGGGGGAUCAAAGGGUGCUUAGCCUCAGCCACCGCGUCCGGGACCUGCGAAGAAGGUAAAGGGCGACCGGCGUUGCUGGUCGGGGCAGGAGGCGCAUCACGAGCGGCAGUGUAUGUCCUAUAUCACGAGCUCAAAUGCCGGCCGAUAUACGUCGUCAAUCGGGACGAAGACGAAGUCGCAGCGUUGCUGAAAGACGUCACAGCUUAUGGGAGCGACGAUAUUGAGCUGGUCCAUCUACAGACCGUUGAUGCGGCCAAGGAGAUAUUCGCACAACGAGGGGCGCCGUUCUAUGUCGUGGGCACCGUGCCGGAUUUCGCGCCGCAGACGGAGACGGAGAUUGAAUGUGCGAAGAUUAUUGAGACGGCGUUCGCGAGUGCUAAGUCGGGAAGCAGCGCAGCAAAGGGAGUAGUACUGGAUAUGUGCUUCAAGCCAAGACGGACGCGGACGCUCAAGCUUGCUCAGCGGUAUGGAUGGGUGGGCGUGGAGGGAACGGGCGUUAUUGGGCACCAGAUAAAUGAGCAGUAUCGCUUGUGGUUGACGGAUGGUGAAGGGGAGAGUCCGAUCACGGGUGAGAUACAGAGUGGCGCGUGGAAGGUGUUGAAUGAGGCGGCUGAGGCGAGUACGGCGAUCAAUUGA